AUCCAAAUCUCACACUGAACUCUUAUUGUGUGCUUUUAAAGUGUUUGUAGAUUAGACAGAUGUGCUGUAGCUACAGUCUCUGUUCAGUUGCAAAUAUAUGUUUGUUUUACAGAUGAUACUUGCAACUUAUAACUGGAAACUGGUAUUUGGAAGGAGCAUUAAUAAUUUAAAAGUAUAAGUUAUACAUUUCUCAAUUAACCUUUAGUGGAAUCCAGCCAUUCAGAUAGUUUUGGUUUUAUUUGUCCAGGUUUUUGAGAUAUCCGCCUUUAGGGUUGAGUUUUGAUAGCUGCUUCCAUUUUGGAUCUAGUUCAAGUUGGCAAAACACCCAGAUUUGUUAAGCUCAGAGGCUAAAGAAUCUCUUAUUGGACCUUAUUGGACAUGUUAAUUAAUGUUAAUUCUGUAAUGGCUUAAAUGAAACUUCUGGCUGUUGCCUGGUUAAUGUCUACAAGCCAAAGUCUGGAUUUUCAAAGAUUGUUGUUGACACAAGCCUAUUGCUAUGAGUAGACUGGAUGUUGUUGUAGUGCAACAAGACCUAAGACUUCUAUACACAUCAUAUCAAUGUUGUAAGCUUAUUAACUUAAUAGUUCUGUGACUUGAGCUAGUCUUUAGGGCAAAUAGCUUGUGAAAAAUACGGUGUAAAAACACUAUAGUGAUACAUAUUUAAUAUUUCUUGUCUAUUCAGGUUAUAGCUACAGGUUGUGAACACUAAAAAAUGUUUUAGUGUACAGUUACAUGAUUAUAUAGAAAUUCAAUCUGUAAAACAGGAAAUGGGAAAGGAUUUAAAUUCCAUAAGCGGAUUCAGUACAGGAUUUGGAUUCAAUACAAUGUUAUUGAACCCUAUUACUAUUGUUGUGAGAUUUAUGCUUCCACCCCAGCACAACAAAAGUAAAUGCUAUUUGUCAGAAACAGUGCCUCUGUUACUUUUACCUACUUACUUUGUUUUUUGACUGGAACGUCUUCUACUAAAGAAAUAGUCCCUAUAAAAAUGUUUUUCUUCCACUGCUGUGAGCACCACAAACAAAAUUCCAUUCACCUCUAUUGCACUUUGGUGAUGGAAGAAAUCUCACAGGCAGAUAUUUCCAAACCUCAGGCAAAUAAAACCAAAAGUAUCUACACGAUACCACUUAGGGGUUAGCUGAGAAAAUAGAUUUUCUUGUAAUUUGGCUGAACUGACCCUUUAAAUCUGAGAUCAGAUUCUGUCUCUUUUGCUGAGAUAAUAAAGGCGAGAUUACAAAGAACUGGGUACAUUAUAGGUCUUACAUUCACUAAUGGCUUGUGUUACGGAGGAUAUUAGAGUAAAACAGAAGAAGUGAUAAAAAUCCUCAAAGUCUGAGAUGACUCUGCAUCCUUUUUCAGGUUAACCAAAUUCCUGUAUUCCGUCAUGGAUCUGCUUUAGUGUCUCACUGUGAAAACUGAUUAAUUAAAUGUACUGUAGAGUAAGUUAAACCCGGCACUAUUUCAAACUCUGUCUGUGGUAUCUGAUUUGAGUUAAUCUACCUUAAAAGGGUGUGUUAGAGUAGUUUAUGAGAGCAGCUUUAGGCUUCAUCCCUGCCUGUGAAAGUACUUUGUAUUUAAAUUGAUGAAUUGUAAACAUUUCAGAAAUAUUCACCUCUUUUUUUCUUCUUCUUCUUUCAAACAGACCUCCUUUUCACCUCCUGUCCCGUUCCUCCCCUCCCCCGACUAACCUCUUUGCUCUCAUUUUUUAAACUUCCAAUCUUUCACAUAUUGUCUGCAGCCUCUCCCCCUCCACGCAGCGUAUGCAGCCUCAACAGUCCAGUAAAGAAUAUCCAUAUUAGGCCGACUGUUCAUCAGUCAUCUCAUGUGCUGUUGCUCUCUUUGGCUCAUUUAAGAGUUUUGGUCUGUAACAUUAGCACCGUGUCAUGUUUUACGUGUGUGGGCGAGCAAGUUUGGAUUCGAGUUUUGAUUUGUGUUUAUAAAGUUUGAACAAAUUCCACCCUCGGUCAAUACAUGCCAAAAAUAACUCCUGUGCUGUUUCUCUAAGAAUGUUAUCCAUCUAGAUAUGACCAGGAGAUUUUUUUCCCCCUGCCACUUAGGAGAAACUUUUUUAGAGGGAUUUAUUCUGCUUUUGCAGUGGCCAAUGCAUUAUUUUGUUGGCAGUUAAAAGUUGUUAGGAAUGAACAGUUUAAUACACUGGAAAACAUAGCAGAUAGCUAGUCUCAAGUCAUAACUUGUCUGUUUUUAUAUCCUAGGAUGAGAGGCCGUUUCACUAACAAACAAGCUUUUUUUUCUAGCUCUUAUUCCCAUAGCAGCCCUGCAGUUCAUAUCAUGGUCAUAUCCUCCAACUAAUUCUUCUCUUUGUACCUGGUAGUUGACUCGUGAUAACCUUUCUCUCCCUUUUGCACUCUUUUUGCUUUCUUUUCCAAUGCCUGAAAUAGAAGUGGAGCAAAAAGUCUUCAUUUGUCCCGGGACUCUGAAGGGUGUAGGAGACGCCACCUUCCUGUAUGAGGCAGAGCAGCAAGCAGGGUCGUGGUGCAAAGACCCACUGCAGGCUGGUGACAAAGUCUUCUUCAUGCCCUGGACACCAUACCGCACUGACACCCUCAUCGAAUAUGCCUCUUUGGAGGACUUCAAAAACGGUCGCCAGACGACCACCUAUAAACUGCCACACCGUGUUGACGGGACAGGCUUCGUAGCCUAUGAUGGUGCGAUCUUCUUUAACAAGGAACGCACUCGCAACAUUGUCAAGUUCGACCUGCGCACUCGCAUCAAAAGCGGCGAGGCUAUUGUUAAUAAUGCCAACUAUCACGACACAUCGCCCUACCGCUGGGGUGGCAAGACAGACAUUGACCUGGCAGUAGAUGAGAGGGGCUUAUGGGUAAUCUACGCCACGGAGCAGAACAAUGGCCGCAUUGUGGUAAGCCAGCUCAACCCGUACACUCUCCGCUUUGAGGCCACGUGGGAUACAGCGUACGACAAGCGUUCUGCCUCUAACGCCUUCAUGGUGUGUGGCGUGCUACAUGUGGUGCGCUCGACCUACGAAGAGAACGAGAGCGAGGCCAGCAGGAGCCAAAUUGAUUACAUCUACAAUACCAAACUAAGCCAGGGCGAAUACACUGACAUCCUCUUCCCCAACCAGUACCAGUACAUCACCGCUGUGGAUUACAACCCCAGGGACAACCAGCUAUACGUUUGGAAUAACUUUUACAUCCUGCGCUACGACCUGGACUUCGGGCCACCAGAUCCAGCUGAAGUGCCAACAAUCGAAGAUUUCUCCAUCUCGCCGUCCAUUCCAAAGACCACCUCAGUAGUCACCACCACGGUUGUGUCCACUGGGAAGGGGCAGGGUGACACCACCGUAGCAGGAGCAGAUCCCAGAGAUGGGAGGGACCCGUUUGAAGAAAAUCGUGGCUUAGGUACAGCAGAGCCCACAGUCCCUGAGCUGCCACCGACUCCCAGACGCUUCUGUGAGGCCACCAGGAGGAGAGCCAUCGACUGGCCCCAAACCCACACUGGAAACACUGUGGACAGGCCCUGCCCCAAAGGGACCAGAGGCAUCGCCUCCUUCCUGUGCACUGUGGCAGGGACCUGGUGCUCCAAAGGCCCGGACCUCAGCAACUGCACCUCCCACUGGGUGACUCAAGUGGCACAAAAGAUCCGAAGUGGCGAAAACGCUGCUAAUUUAGCCAAUGAGCUGGCACGCCACACACAGGGCCCGGUAUUUGCCGGGGACGUCAGCUCCUCAGUACGCCUGAUGGAGCAGCUGGUGGAUAUCCUGGAUGCUCAGCUGCAGGAGCUCAGGCCCAGCGAGAAAGACUCAGCUGGACGCAGCUUCAACAAGCUUCAAAAAAGAGAGAAGACAUGCAGGGCGUAUAUGAAGGCAAUUGUGGACACUGUUGACAACCUCCUGAGGCCAGAAGCCCUCAAAUCCUGGAAAGACAUGAAUUCCACAGAACAAAGUCACGCCGCCACAAUGCUACUGGAUACACUGGAGGAAGGGGCCUUUGUCCUCGCAGAAAAUCUGAUCGAGCCAGCAAUCGUAAAAGUGCCUGCAGAGAAUAUCAUGUUGGAUGUGUACGUGUUAAGCACUGAUGGCCAGGUGCAAGACUUCAGGUUUCCUCAGACAAGCAAGGGUGGAGCGUCCCUUCAGCUUUCCUCCAACACAGUCAAAGUCAACAGCAAAAAUGGUGUAGCCAAGCUGGUGUUUGUGCUCUACAAACACCUGGGUCAGUUCCUCAGCACUGAGAACGCCACACUGAGGGGAAUCGGGGACCCGAACAAACGCAACCUCUCCCUCACCGUCAACUCCCACAUCCUGUCAGCUUCGAUAACCAAGGAGUCCAGCCGUGUGUUUGUGGCCGACCCGGUGAUCUUCACACUGGAGCACCUGGAUAAAGAGCACUACUACAAUCCCAACUGUUCCUUCUGGAAUUAUUCAGAGCGGAGCAUGAUGGGAUACUGGUCCACUCAGGGCUGUAAACUGCUGGAAACCAACAAGAGCCACACCACUUGCUCCUGCAGUCACUUGACCAACUUCGCCAUCCUCAUGGCUCACCGGGGAAAUGUGGGGGAGGGGAGCGUCCACGAGCUUCUUCUUACCGUCAUCACACGGAUGGGUAUCGCCGUGUCUCUCGUCUGCCUCGCCAUCAGCCUCUUCACCUUCUGCUUCUUCAGAGGUCUGCAGAGUGACCGCAACACCAUCCACAAAAACCUCUGCCUCAACCUCUUUAUCGGCGAGCUCGUCUACCUCGUGGGCAUCAACAUGACGGAACCAAAGCUGGUGUGCUCCAUCAUCGCCGGCGUUCUCCACUUCUGCUUCCUGGCUGCAUUCGCCUGGAUGUGUCUGGAGGGCGUGCAGCUGUACCUCAUGCUGGUCGAGGUGUUUGAGAGCGAGUUCUCGCGCAGGAAGUACUACUACGUCUCUGGGUACCUCAUCCCGGCUGUGGUGGUGGGCAUCUCGGCAGCCAUCGACUACAGAAGCUACGGCACACAGCGGGCAUGCUGGCUGAGGGUGGAUAACCAUUUCAUAUGGAGCUUCAUCGGACCUGUAACCGUCAUAAUUGUGGUCAAUGUCAUCUUCCUGGUGGUGACGAUGUUCAAGAUGGUGAAGCACUCCACCUCCAUGAAACCUGACUCGUCCAGGCUGGGGGGUAUCAGAUCUUGGGUGUUGGGAGCAUUUGCCCUACUUUGCCUGUUGGGGCUCACAUGGUCCUUUGGCUUGUUCUUCCUCAAUGAAUCCUCCAUUGUGAUGGCUUACCUCUUUACCAUCUUCAACACUCUGCAAGGGAUGUUCAUCUUCAUCUUCCACUGCCUCCUCCAGAAAAAGGUCCGCAAAGAGUACAGCAAAUGUUUCCGUCAGUCCCAGUGCUGUGGCGCGCUGCCGCCUGAGGGACCCCACAGUUCAGCCAAGACAGCCACAUCUCGAUCCACUGCCCGCUACUCAUCUGCAACACAAAGCCGCAUCAGGCGGAUGUGGAACGACACUGUGAGGAAGCAGUCGGAGUCCUCCUUCAUCUCGGGAGACAUAAACAGCACCUCCACACUCAACCAAGGGAUGACUGGAAACUACCUCCUAACUAACCCUCUCCUCCGAACCCACGACACUAACCCUUAUAACAACCUGCUGGCAGAAACUGUGGUGUGCAACACCCCCUCUCCACCGGCCUUUCACUCCCCAGGACAGCACUCUCUGAGCAACAGCAGGGACAUCAGUGCCAUGGACACCCUUCCCCUCAAUGGCAAUUUCAACAACAGCUACUCCCUGCGAGACGACGACUAUGAGGCCGUGGGCGUUAGAGCCCCGGGUGAGCUGGGGGGCCUCAACUUGGACGAUGCUGCCUUUGAGAAGAUGAUCAUAUCUGAGAUUGUCCACAACAACCUGAGGCCCCGUGGGGCCCCCAAAGGUCGCGACGCCCAAAGGGAGCGGGACAGAGCUCUGCCUCCCCAGACCAGAGUGACAGUGGACCAAGGCGGGGGUGGGAGUGGCAGUGAGGAUGACGCCAUCGUGGCCGAUCACGCCGAGGCUUCAUCCCCCCAGAGAGGAAGUGGAAGAGGAGGCCACGCCACCCUGGAGCUGCUCCUGCACCCCCACCACAAGGAGGCGCUGGAGGCCCCCCUCCUGCCCCAGAGGACUCACUCCCUGCUCUACAGCGCCCAGAAGGCCCCCAGGCGCCUGGAGGGGCAGGGUGGCCAUGGCUCUGAGACUGUUACUGCAGUGGAGGACAUGGGCUCCCAUUCACCCAACAAUAAUAGAGACUCCCUUUACACCAGCAUGCCAAACCUGAGAGACUCUCCUUCGCCCUCAGCUUCGCCAUACCCCCCGGAGGAGGAGGAGGAGCUCUCUCCCUCACCUGGAAGCGAAGGCGAGGACGCGUAUCAUAAAAGCAUGCCCGAGCUCGGCGAUGCACCGCAGCCCAUGUCCUACUACCACAUAAACCGAGGCACCAGUGACGGGUGCAUCAUCCCCCCCAACAAUGAAGACUGCGCGCAGGAGGGAGAGGCGCCCAGCGACGGACAAAUGCAGCUCAUUACCAGCCUCUGAGUGGGCCGUCUUUGUUUGCACAGGUUUUAACAGAUGGGUCCUUUCAGUUGAUGUCAUGAGAGCCGGCAAGUCUGGCUCCGCACUCCACAUGCCCUUCCUGUUAGGACAGGAAGUGAAAUGUUGGGUGGGAAAAGGAAUGAAGAAAUGACUUUUGCACACAGAUCUCAUUAACACACAAAACACGUCCAUCCGAGGCCAGACAAAUGUGGACUGUGAAAGCUCUGCUGUUUGACUAAAGAGGUGCAGAAAAUAACACACAGGCCGCUGUGUCAGAGAUAAGUCUGGCAUUUCUGUUGUUCUGUACUGUCAAAGAAUAAGGGAUGAAAAAAAAAUACUCCAAGCAAAGAACUAUGAAACUCCUAUCAUAUUCCUGGGGGACUUUGCAGAACCAGGGUCUUUUUAGUCAUGAAGUACAGAACUAGAACUAGUGUGGCUCCACUACACAGUCAAGACUGUAAAGUUAAGAAACCACUAAUUCAGACUCAGGCCUUAUAUUUUCUCUAUUGCACAUUUAACUGUUGUAAAAGUAACAGCUAAAGAAAAUAUAUUUUGCUGUACCACUAGUGUAUAAAGUCAAAAAAAAGAAAGAAAAAAAAAAGAGAAACGGCAACCAUUCAGUAGUUAUGCCCUUUCAAUGUUAAUAAGAUUCUUCAGACAAGGUUAAUUAAAAUGGUGGAAAUGUGCUUUUUUCCUCUCACACUUGACUCGUUGUAGUAUGUUUGAAUAUGAAAAAAAUAAGUUUUGAGAGAUAUCAGUCCAUAUGAAAUCAUGCUCACGUCUCUGCUUGUGAAGUGCUUUUGCUUUCAUGAAUGAUGAGUUUUUGCCAGUAGUAUAUUUGUUAACACCAGGCCAUGCACAGAUUUGGAGUGAAUUGGAAACUUGUGUAAUUUAUUUUACUUGAAAGAAAUUGUCAGGUUUAAAGACUUAUGUUCGUGUCAAUGCGAUAGUGCAGUUUUUGCGGACAUGUUUCAUCCUUUGACACUAAUUAAUUUAUUAACUGAACUAUUCAGAAAAAAAGUGAAAAAAAGAUCAUGGUUGGAAAGUGUGAAAAGUUGUUGCAGCACUGAUUAGGUUCAUUUUCUUUCUUUUGUAAGAGCCCAUCAUCAGCUGAUAUUUAAUUCAACUCCUGUUUGAUAUCAAAUAAAUGUGAAAUUUUUUCUUGUU